CCGCUUUUCUGCGUGCAUUAUCCCGACAGCUUUCUUCUCGCCGCUUUCCACGACCAUCCAGUGUAUACAGCCGGGGGUCUCGCUGCGGUGUGUUGUUUGCUCCUGUUACUUUGCUUCCAGCGCUUCAGUGGCUGUGCAUCGUGCAGAAACCGGUUUGUUCCUGCGUUCUUCCUGCGGCCGCGCGUGCGACGGGAUGAAGCUGGGGAGCAGCGUCAGUUUUCCAGUGAGCAGCACGAAAAGGUGGAUACGACCAGUCCCUCGCGAGAUAAAAUCGGGAGUAAUCAACACGGAAAAGAUCAUUGCAAAAAGGAGCUCCUGGGGAUAUCUAAGAAAGCCGCAGCGUCGUCGUACGGGACCUUGCGGGGCCAGGAAGUUGAGAAAACGCCACAGCUGUCUUUCCCGAAUGUAGCUGGAAGAAAGGAUGCAAAUCCAAUCACUACAAGUAAAGGACCACAAACUACAACAUUGCAUCAAGAGCGUCGACCGCACUACCAUCGUCAUCCGUCGACUCCUAUGCACAUACAAUUAAUAUGUCUGGGUCUGGGAGGACGCGAACUUGUCAUGCUAAUUCUGGAUCGUACACAAAUUUGUGUUGCAUGACUGCCAAAACCAAAAGCUGUCCCCUUUUGAACAAGUUUAGAGGCAGUUCGUCAUGCAGGAUAGGCGUGAUGGAGGUGUCACAGAACCUGACAUGCUAGCUCCUGCAUUCCAAACCUCAGCGGGCAUGGAAAAAAUGCAUGACCAUGAGAAGUUUGCAUCCUUCCAGACCCGGACAUAUUUGCAUUUGAUAACUCCCAGCAACAAUGAUAACAACUACAACAGCAGCGUGCCUACGCCUACCCCGACCCUAUCGAGUGUCGGGUCGGAGGACAUGGACAGCGAGUUGAGUUCGCCCGGCCGAACCAGGAUGAAGUACGACCCGGAAUCGCUGGAGAAAAUGGCACCAAGAACCAGGAGCGGCAGAUCUUCUGGAUCAUUCCAGCAGGACCGGAAUAGUAUUAAAACCAAAACGCAAUUUCAAGGAGGAGCGAAGCAACAGGAGAUGACGAGCAAUCGCAAUGCAGGGGAAGCGUCUCCUCUCGGGAAAAGCGGCAAGUCGGAUCAGCUUCCGUCUGGUUCGGAAGAGAAAUCGUCUCCGUGCAACGUGUAUUACCUGCAAAUAUGUCUGGGCCUGGAAGAUGGUCAGGUUUGUCAUGCAUUUUUUGCAUGACGACCCAUCCAUGAUGUCUGUUCCUGUAAUGCAUGAGCGACUAGUUUUGCAGAUGUUCAUAUUUAGAGGUCUCUCUGAUGCCUAUUCCGCAUGAGACAUGCCCUCUCCGCGGAGCACCGACCGGGCCCCUCUCGCGGGUCAUGCAAUGCAGAUUUCUUUUGGAAUCGACAGACAGCAUCACAAGUGGCAACCUUCCAGACCCAUACAUAUUUGCAUUUCAUAACCCCACCGCGCCUGGAAAAGGAAAAAGGAAUAAAAACAGGAAGAAGAAGAAUAUGCAAGGGGAACCACGACGACGCGGUUCCGCUUUGACGAUCGCAACUGUGACACUGACAGGGUAGUUUGUAUGUGCCAACCGCGCAUCGUCCGCUGGGCCUUUCUAGUCGUCAGUUUGGUGUAUUUUUGGAACGUGGCAAAUUUCUCCAUGUCGCAACUGCAUCGACGAGUCCGCAAUGGCUGCGCCUACCAGCAUGCAGGAGCUGGAGAGACUUUGUCUGAAUUUUGCUUGUCGUACUGUCAGUGCGAGAGACAGAAUUAAGCUUUGGCAUUUUUGUACUUUGUCACACUCACACCUGACGUGUCACACCUGACGGAGCCAUAAACAAAGCGAAAACGAAGACCGUGAUGUCGAUGACUAACACGGGGAACACUGUUCACUCUGAUAGCGGUACCCACGAAAAAAAAAAUCCACACCCAUCUGCAUAUGCAACAUUGUGACUGUGCUCCGGCGCAGGCGCAUCUCCAAGAAACACCUACAAGACUCCUAUGGCAUCGCUUACAGAUGCAACUGCGUCAGAGAUAAUAUUUCCAAUGCGCGAGCGUGCUUUGAGCUUGUAUUUUGUCCUGAGCAUCGCAUUGGAAAUUCGAAUGGAGACUGCUACACAGACACUUCGGUUUUCGACGGUGCGCAAUAUAAUAAAAUGAUAGUGCUGAGUGAUGUGAUGUGUUUUUUUUCUUUCCAUAAGCGAGGUGUCUCCUCCCCUUGGAGCAGCGAACCACGUUUGA